AUGGCACGGGCGGAAAGCGAACGCCUUCGCACCGAGUGGGGGCCGUACUUUCGGGAAGUCGAUGUGCGCUACGUAGACGACGUCUUGCGGGCCGAUGAUGACUCGGCCUACUUGGCGUUCAUCAUCGACUGGUACGAAGAUUUGCCAGAGUAUACCGUGUUCCUCCAUGCUGAUGCGCUGGAGCACAUCCCAUCGUUGGAGCUGUUGACAGACUCCGUUUAUGCCGCCAUCCGUGGUUUUCUGCCGAGUGGUAUUGGCUUCGUUCACUUCGCCCACAACUACGUAUUGCUGGACUGGGGCUGCGACCAGCGCAAAGAUUGCGAAGGUCGACAGCUUGAGCCGGAGUUUUCGACCCUGUGGAAGCGCGUUUUCGGCGCUUCUGUCGCGCCAAGCCUGGCGGCCGGGCAUGUGAAUGCUUACUGCUGCGUGCAAUUCAUGGUACAUCGGAGCCGCAUCCGUUUGAGGCCCAAGUCCUUCUACGAGCACGGGUUGGCAUACUUUGGGACCACGGCCGAGUCCUACCACCGACUCUUCCCCGUGGGGCGUGUGGUCCGGAAGGCUGAUGUGCCACUUUGCUGCAGCUUGAAGUUGGAGGGAAAACCAGGUUCGGCCGCACUCCUGGACAGCUUCUUGGUAGCAGGUAGUGGCAAUGAGCUCGCUAUGUACAUUUGGCACGCCAUGUUCGGCGAAGCUCUGAAGCUGCCCCGACGGCAGCAGGCAUGA